AUGAAAAAAAUCUUCCGAAUCUUCGUUGCCACGACGUCCUCUGAAUUCUUCUGCGAGGAAACAGUUGAGCUUUUUAAUAAGUGGCUAGGCGACCCUGAGAUACAUGAAUUCCUUCCAUCUGAAAGGAGAAUAUGGUACGACAACACUGCCGCUCAGAGUCCUGCCAAUGUGCUCCGCCCCAUGGUGGAAUAUGUGGCUUCACGCUGGACAUGGAACCACUUCUGGGACCCUGAGCUCCGCUGCGCAGGCGUUUACAACUUCAUCAAUCUUCAAAAAUCUCGGCCCCCGUGCUCUAUUUCUACUCUCGAACAGGUCCUAGAGGCCGCUGAGUGGGGGACCCUGAAAAAGACGACGUUUGCAUUUGAAAUGAAUCCGACAGACUGGCGAAUUCGUUCAAGCAUGGCGAAAGCUUAUCAACAGAAGCACCGAUAUGGGCGGGCGAUUGAUCUCUACCACACCGUCAUCGAAGACUUGAAAGCCAUGAAAUCGAAUCCCGCACUGUAUAUAACCAUUCAUGAUGAGUACGAAAAGCUUGGGCAUUGCUACUGGCUCCUCGACGACCACGCCGAAGCUUUCAACAUGUGGCGAAACGGGUAUGAAUUCUAUCACUGCAGCACAUGUGCCAAAGCCGUUCUACUAGACCUGAACCGCAAGGGACAGAGUAGAAAAAUCCUUGAACUUCUCCAGAGCAUGAAUGGGCGGUCGACAAGCGAGGGAGUGAACUGCCUCACGGAUUUCUUGAUCACUCGCCGAUCCACGGAACAUGUUGAGAUGUAUCCAUUCGGCGCCGUAAUCCUCCGAGAGAAAUGCAUGCCAUUCUUUGUCCAGGCAUAUACCGAUGCUAUUGCUACAGCCCGUCGAGACAAAAAAACAGUGAGAGCCGCUAAAUUGGAGUUGGCUCUGUCGGUUAUACUCCAUCGCUAUGGAGACGGUUCUGCUCAAGCGGCCCGCAUUUGGGAGCGGCUCAUCGAGACCUACAAGAUAAAUCCAGAGAGAGGAGAAGUCAAUGAAAUUAUCCGUGAAGCAUCGGCCCGACUAAGCGCUUACUAUUUGGCGCAGUCCUUGAGGGUUGACUGCUCCGAGUUGGAUAAGCAGCGAUAUGGUCAGUUGUUGGAACGGCUAAACAGGGCUAGACCACUGCUUUCGAGCAACAGCAUUUCAUCGCCAAUACCACAGAGCAGCCUUCCAGCAUCUGAUCUGAGUUGGUCAGAGUGGGUGAUGCGCAACAAUCUUGGAAUCUACUACAAGACUCGUGGCCGAGACGAGGAUUCAUUAAAACACUUCAAGCCUCUCAUUCAAGGAUGUCUUGACAGACUGACCGGAUACGACAUGAGAAUGGACGGGUAUUAUUUUACCCAGCUAGGAAAGGUUAUGGUGGCGUUGGAGACUUGA